AUGGUACUUCUAGGAAUGGGUAGUGCGGUGGAGACGUUGUGCGGUCAAGCGUACGGAGCCGGAAAAUACGAGAUGCUCGGCGUUUAUCUCCAGAGAUCCACCGUCUUGCUCUCUCUCACCGGCGUCCUCCUCACCUUCAUCUACGUCUUCUCCAAGCCGAUCUUGCUUUUCCUCGGCGAAUCUCCGGAGAUCGCUUCCGCUGCAUCUCUCUACGUCUACGGCCUAAUCCCUCAAAUAUUUGCCUACGCUAUGAAUUUCCCGAUCCGAAAAUUCCUCUUGUCGCAGAGCAUCGUGGCUCCGAGCGCUUACAUCUCAGCCGCCACGCUCUGCUUUCACCUUCUCUUGAGCUGGCUCGUUGUUUUCAAGCUAGGGAUGGGGCUACUCGGAGCUACGCUCGUGCUCAGCCUCUCGUGGUGGAUCAUAGUGGUGGCUCAGUUUGUUUACAUCGUGACGAGCGAGCGUUGUCGUGAGACGUGGAGAGGAUUCAGUGUACAAGCGUUCUCCGGUUUACCGAGUUUCUUCAAACUCUCCGCCGCCUCCGCCGUGAUGCUCUGCCUUGAGAUGUCGUAUUUUCAGAUUCUCGUUCUCAUCGCCGGGCUACUUGAGAACCCGGAACUUGCUCUGGAUUCUUUAUCCAUUUGCAUGACGAUUUCAGGUUGGAUGUUCAUGGUAUCCGUUGGGUUCAAUGCAGCGAUCAGUGUAAGAGUGAGCAAUGAACUUGGAGCUGGAAACCCUAAAUCAGCAGCGUUUUCUGUUAUUAUCGUCAACAUUUAUUCGUUAAGUAUAUGCGUGAUCUUAGCCAUUGUUAUUUUGGCAUGCCGUGACGUUUUGAGCUAUGCGUUUACUGAGGGUGAAAACGUUUCUGCUGCUGUUUCUGACCUCUGCCCUCUUCUUGCCGUAACGAUUGUCCUUAAUGGAAUCCAACCUGUACUCUCUGGUGUUGCGGUUGGAUGCGGUUGGCAAACAUUUGUUGCGAAAGUGAACAUCGGAUGUUACUACAUUAUUGGAAUUCCUCUUGGGGGUAUAUGGACAGGGAUGAUUUGUGGUACGCUUAUACAAACGGUUAUUUUGGGAUGGGUUACAUUUAGAACACACUGGGUUAAAGAGGCAAGAGUGGAAGAAGCUUCUAAUAGAUUAGACAAAUGGAGCAAUAAGAAAGUAGAAGUGAUUCCUGAAUGA